AUGAUUGAAGCAAGCAGCGUCGAUAAUGCAACGGCUCCUCUACCCAUUAAUCAUGAUUUCACACCGCAAGACGAAGAUAUGGCCCGUUCGGAGGCCACUUUCCGUUUUAUAGUUCAAAAUGUCAGCGAGUUGAAAGAGCAAGUGCUAUCCCCGGCGUGUUACGUGCGCUGUCUGCCUUGGAAGAUCUUGGUUCUCGUACGCAAUACAACGAGAAACGAUCACCAACCACACAAAGCUUUAGGCGUAUUCCUACAGUGCAACGGCGAAUGCAGUUCGCCUGGGUGGUCUUGUUAUGGAUUGGGCGAACUAAAACUCCUAUCCUAUAAGCCUGAGGGUACGCACUUAUGCAGGAAAAUUCAUCACAUGUACCAUUGCAAAGAAGACGAUUGGGGUUUUGCCCAUUUUAUAUCAUGGGAUGAUUUGAUGAAUCCCGAUAACGGUUUUGUUAAGAAUGAUUCUAUUACAUUGGAGGCUCAUGUUAUAGCUGAAGCACCCCACGGAGUAUCUUGGGAUUCUAAAAAGCACACUGGCUACGUUGGCCUUAAAAAUCAAGGAGCCACAUGUUACAUGAAUUCCCUUUUGCAAACUCUCUUCUUCACGAACGUAUUACGUAAGGCGGUGUACAAGAUCCCGACAGUCGGCGACGACAGUUCCCGGUCGGUCGCUUUCGCCCUACAAAGAGUGUUCUACGACUUGCAAUUCUCUGAAAAGCCGGUCGCUACCAAGAAAUUAACGAAGAGCUUCGGCUGGGAAACUUUGGACUCUUUUAUGCAACACGACGUGCAAGAAUUUCUUAGGGUGCUCCUAGACAAGCUCGAGAACAAAAUGAAAGGGACGCUCGUGGAGGGAACCGUGCCAAAACUGUUUGAAGGAAAAAUGACCUCUUUUAUCAAGUGCAAGAAUGUUAACUGCACGAGCACUCGGGUGGAAACAUUCUACGACAUCCAGCUCAGUGUCAAGGGAAAGAAUAAUAUCUACGAGUCAUUCAAAGACUAUAUUAGCACGGAGCUACUCGACGGCGAUAACAAAUACGAUGCCGGAGAGCACGGCCUACAGGAAGCCGAGAAAGGCGUGAGGUUUGACGUGUUCCCGCCCGUGCUGCACUUGCACCUAUUGAGGUUCCAGUACGACCCGCAGCGAGAUGCUUCAGUUAAAUUUAACGAUCGGUUCGAAUUCUACGAAGAGAUAAACUUGGAUCCGUAUUUACAAGAGGUACCGUCCACUCCCUCGCAUUACACGCUUCACGCUGUGCUCGUUCACUCGGGCGACAACCACGGAGGGCACUACGUCGUCUUUAUCAACCCUAAGGGCGACGGAAAGUGGUGUAAGUUCGACGACGACGUGGUGUCACGUUGCACUAAGCAGGAAGCCAUCGAAUACAACUACGGCGGGAAGGAAGACGCCCCUCACAUGGCCAGGAAAGCCACCAGCGCUUACAUGCUUAUCUACAUUCAAACUACACAACUGAAAUACGUUUUACAAGACGCGUCCGAAUCCGACAUACCACCUGAUCUCUGUGAUCGAAUCAACGAAGAAAUGCGAUACGAGAUGGUAAGAACAUGCGGCGGAAAAAUAAAGUGCAAGAAAUUUAAAUCGGACACGUCUGUGUCGUCCGCAAAACGCUACAUCAAGAUAUUUAGCGCAUUAAAACAUUUCUUCACUUUACAGGCGGUUGGCGGAUCUAAAUACAAAGGAAGAUAAUAAAUACUAACAAAUAAGACGCGUUCUGUGUUUCAUGUGUAAUUUUUGUUGGUGUAAUGUAUUUUUGAUGAGCCGUUAGCAUUAAAAUUUGUCAAGUAGAUUAAUAGUUAAGGUUUUGUAACAGAAUUUUGGGUUUGUAGGU